AAGGGGUUACACUACUCUGCAAAUUUUUUUUUUCGAUUUUUGUUUUAUUGGCUUAAAUGAUGUAUAAACUAUCUAAAAAUAAUAUCCAAAAGCAAUUUUGGGUGAAAACCGACUAUAAAUAAUUUUUUUAUCUUAUUUUCGUAAGUGCCUUGGAGCGCUCUGAAACGUUUCAAACGGCCGCUCGGCUGCGCGCUGCAUUUUAAGUGUAUUACAACUCUGUUGGUAAUUUUUUCCGAUAAAAGUCAGUUAUACUUCUUCGAAGCGUUGACAGAUGGCGUUAGAAAUAUUUUCGAAAAGCCAUAUGACGUCAUUGUAACCGUUAAGCUAACGGUAAACACGCAGCAAGCAAUUCCACGUGCUACUCCGAGUUACGCGCUUAUGUGCUUUACUUCAGUGUUAUUAAGUAGUUUUUGAUAACAAAAUGAGUGAGAAAGUGUACAGUGGCAAGAAAGGAACCAGAUCAUCAUCAACUCGUGCCAGUAUAAACAGAAUUUCCAACAGGAAGCCGCCCGGCCGCCGUAGCUUCGAAUGCGACACCGAGGCAGUUUCUAGGCUCGCGAAAAAACUGAAAUCUGCAACAUCCAAAGAUGAUAUUGAAGUCGAUAGUGCAUUUGGCUACCGCAUUGUAAAUUUUAUUCAUGUUUUUACCAUGUUGUCGCAAAUUCUAGUGUGUCAAAAUUGCGCAGGUAAUGUUACUUUUUCGGAGUCGUGCAUACGCGGUCUUGGAUUUAAGAUCGUUGUACAAUGUGAAAAGUGCGGAAGUACUACUAUUGACAGUAGCCCUCUAAUUAACGGCAAUGCUUUUGAUAUAAAUAGACGCUUCAUCUUUGCUAUGAGACUAAUUGGUAUUGGGAUGCAAGGAAUACAUAAAUUUUGCGCGUUCAUGUGUCUCCCAAAACCAGUGACUCAAAAUUCAUACGAUAAAAUUGUGAAAUGUAUAGCAAUAGCUACGGACGCUGUGAAAUGUAAAGUCUUACGUGAAGCUGUCGAAGAGGAAAAGAAGAUUUCUGUAGAAAAAGGACAACAUGAAGGACUGUCAGUGUCGGGGGACGGCUCCUGGAGAAAGCGUGGCUUUUCUUCUCUUUUUGGAUUUUCAAGUUUGAUUGGAUGGUUUACAGGAAAAGUAAUUGAUAUUUUUGUAAAAUCGAAAUACUGCAAGGGGUGCGAACAUUGGGAGAAGCAAAAAAACACCGCUGAAUACGAAGAAUGGAAAAAUGUACACGAAAACAACUGUCAAGUAAAUCAUAGUGGAAGUGCAGGAAAAAUGGAGUCCGACGCUAUAGUUGAAAUGUUCUCGCGUUCUGAGUCUACAUGCAAUGUUCGAUACGCUUACUACAUCGGAGAUGGUGAUAGCAAGACAUACAAGAGUAUCCAAGAUGCCAAGCCGUACGGUGAUUUUCCUGUGACUAAAAAAGAAUGCAUAGGACAUGUGCAAAAAAGGAUCGGAACAAGAUUGCGCAAUUUGAAGAAAGAAGCUAAACAUCUUGGUGGUCGAGGAAAGUUGACUGGAAAGUUGAUAGACGAAAUGAGUAUUUAUUACGGACUGGCUAUACGUCGAAAUAUAGAUUCGAUAGAUAAUAUGCGCAAGGAAAUAUAUGCUACGUUGUACCAUAAAAUAUCGACGGAUGAAAAUCCUCAACACGACAGAUGUCCCGAAGGCGAAGAUUCUUGGUGUUCUUGGCAAAGAGCUAAAGCCUCGCAUACUCUCGAACUAUAUACUCAUAAACCAGCUAUGCCAAUGCAAGUAUUCGAUGCUGUUCAACCAAUUUAUAAAGAUCUAACGAGAGAAGAUCUUCUCUCCCGUUGCCUCGGAGGAUUCACUCAGAAUGCGAAUGAAAGUUUAAAUUCCAUCGUUUGGUCGAUAGCGCCGAAAACGAUAUCCAGCGGCAAAACCGUGGUUGAUAUUGCAACUGACAUCGCUGUAAUUACAUUUAAUUGUGGUUUUCAAGGACUAUUAGAUGUUAUGAGCACAUUUCAAUUAAAGAUUAAUACACAAUUAUACAACUUUGUCAUGGAAGUCGAUCGACGUCGAGUUACAGCCGCCAACCGCUCAGCAUCGAAUAAUCUAAAAAACACUCGAAAAGACCUUGCAUCGUUAAGAAAAGAGGCUCAAGAGCAAAAUGAAUGCUUGGAAGGGCAGUUAUACGGUGCUGGGAUAGCAGAGUAAAGGUGGCGUACGAGUGCUGAAACCGACUACGCCGUUUACCGCUUCAGAAAAAACAUACUUUCCAAUAAUAUAGUGCCAUGGCGCCAUUUUGUAUUAUAAAUUAAAAUAAAAAAUAUUUUUGUACACCUUAAUACAUGUGUAAUUAAGCCAUAAAAUUUCAUUUUAAUCCAUUCGUUAGUAAUCGAGAAAACAAUUCCCAAAAAAAGGUUUAUUUUUCAGUGCGCCAGAGUAGUGUAACCCCUUAAGGACACUUGCUA